GCCCGCCCGGGGACCGGGGAGGCAGCGCCCGGCGGCGGGCGGGAUAAUGCGGCUGCGGGCCGGAGCCGGAGGCGACGACAGCGGGGAGCCCCCGCCGCCGCCAUGUCCCCCCCGGCCUCGGCGGCCGCGGCCAGCGAAGGAGGCAGCAGCACGUCGGUUCCGCCGGAGGAAGCGGAGGGGGUCCGAGAGGAGCAGCGGCCGGUGAAGCAGUCUCUCAGCAAGUCGCUGUGCCGAGAGUCCCACUGGAAAUGCCUGCUGCUGUCACUGCUGAUGUAUGGCUGCAUGGGAGCCAUGACGUGGUGCCACGUCACCAAGGUGACCCGGCUGACCUUUGACAGUGCCUACAAGGGCAAGUCCAUGAUGUACCACGACAGCCCCUGUUCCAAUGGCUACGUCUACAUCCCACUGGCCUUCCUGGUGAUGCUCUACGUGGUAUACUUGGUGGAGUGCUGGCACUGCUACACCCGCAACGAGCUGCAGUACAAAGUGGAUGUGGAAAGCGUGCAUGAGCGAGUGCAGCGGAUGCAGCAGGCGACCCCGUGCAUCUGGUGGAAGGCCAUCAGCUACCACUAUGUCCGGAGGACCCGGCAGGUGACCCGCUAUCGUAAUGGGGAUGCCUACACCACCACCCAAGUGUAUCACGAGCGGGUCAACACCCACGUGGCAGAGGCCGAGUUUGAUUAUUCCAACUGUGGAGUCAAGGACAUCUCCAAGGACCUCAUUGAUUUGGAGAGCUACCCAGCCACACGGCUCCGCUUCACCAAGUGUUUCAGCUUUGCCAACGUGGAGUCGGAGAACUCCUACCUGACCCAGCGGGCCCGCUUCUUCACCGAGAACGAGGGCCUGGAUGACUAUAUGGAGGCCAGGGAGGGGAUGCACCUCAAAAACGUGGACUUCAAGGAAUACAUGGUGGCCUUUUCCGACCCAGACAACCUGCCUUGGUACGUAUCCCACUAUGUUUUCUGGGUGGCUGCUCUGCUGACCCUAUCCUGGCCCCUGCGGGUGCUAAAUGAGUACCGCACUUCCUACGUCCAUUACCACGUGGAGAAACUCUUUGGGUUUGACUACGUGGCGGUGACACCGGCUGAGGAGCGCUCCUUCUGCCGGAGGAUGCCCCGCGUCAACACGGUGGACAGCACCGAGCUGGAGUGGCACAUCCGAUCCAACCAGCAGCUGGUGCCCAGCUACUCGGAAGCCGUCCUGAUGGACUUGGUGGGGCUGUCCGGCUGCACCAGCUACUCCGCGUGCCGCUACGGGGGCUACCGGCAGAACUGCGAGCGGUGCCACAGGACUAUAAGCAGCUCUUCCAUCUUCUCCCGCAGCGCCCUGAGCAUCUGCAACGGCAGCCCCCGCAUCCCCUUCAGCAGCAGUCGCUUCUCGCUGGGCCGCCUGUACGGCUCACGGCGCAGCUGCCUCUGGCAGAGCCGGAGCGGGAGCCUGAAUGAGCAGAGCUGCCCCACGGAGCAGACCCGCCUCUCCAGCCAAGUGACGGUGGAGGAGGAAGACCCCCCUCCUUAUCAGGACGCCCUCUACUUCCCCAUCCUCAUUGUGCACCGCAAUGAAGGCUGCCUGAACCACGACCACCGUCACCUCCACCGCAACGGGUCCUGUGUGGAGACCUCACUGUGAAGGCGGAGGGCAGUGGGAUCUCAUUGCCGAGGGCCUGGCCUGAGCCAGCGCGGGGUUUGAGAGAGGAGCACUGGGGAGGGAGGUGGCCCAGGAGGACGAGGUGGGAUGGAGCAGUGGCUCCGACCUCCGGAGGGGUGAGUGAUGGCGCUUCCCUGGCCUGGCACAGAACUCUAGAUUGACCACCACAUGCAAAAAAAAAAAAAAAAAAAAAUCAUC